GUCGUUGAUCCCACAGUCUCGACUCCAGACAACAACAUUUUGUCCUCCAGAUAAGUAGUAGCCUAGCCUAUAUCGAAAACCAGUUUAAAUCUUAUAUGCACAGAUUCAAUUAUUAUUUCCUCCCAGUGUGAAUGGCUGUGGAGUGGCAUCAUUAUUAAAUAAACAUCGUUCUGCGCUGGUCUAAAAGUCCAGGUUCCUGACACUUGGGAUGUCAUCUCCAGACACUGAAACUGGCAAGGCAACUUCCAAAGAGAGUGGAUUUAGAACCCCAGGGUUUAAAGGGGUGCGAACCACAAAUGUUUUCCGUGCCGUUAAUCCGGAGCUCUUCAUCAAACCUAACAAGCCGGUCAUGGCCUUUGGACUGGUGACAAUCUCCAUGUGUGUAGCAUACCUGGGCUACCUCCAUGCAACUAAAGAGAACGACCAACAGCUGUAUGAAGCGAUUGACAGCGAAGGGGAGAGAUACAUGAGGAGAAAAACCUCGAAAUGGGACUAAUCCGACUUAAUGAAAAAUUGUUUACGGCGCAAGGAGGAAGGCCGUGUCUGUUCCAGUUGAAAUAUCCGUAGGUUACACGAGAUGUCCACACUGAUCCAACAAGAGCCAAUAAUGUUUUAUAUUAGUAAGGCUACAACAAGAUUAAAAAAAUUGUCACCUGG